AUGAACGGCUUCUUAAUCUUCCCUGGGGAACCUGGCCCCUACCCGAAGAGGGGCCCUGGGUGUGCAAAGGCCUCUGCAAGGCCGUCAGGUGGGGGGCGUGAGCUUUCCAAGUCUGCUGACAGCUGCAGCUGCGGGGGCGGGCAAGGACGAAGCAGGAAGAACCGCUGUGCAGCUCGCAGGCCGCGGGCGAGAGGGAAGGCAACCCGUGGAGCACAGCCCCUCGCCCCGCUCAGGCGGCGGACCGGGCGGGCGGCGGGCGCGCCCACGCCUGAGCCUCGCUGGGACCCGCCUCCGUUCCCCGUCCUCAGCCCGACGUUCCCGAGUAGAUGUAGUGCCGUGCCGUGCUGCGACCUGCGGGCUGCCCCGGCGGAGGCUCUCUCGCCCGGCUUCUGCGUCCGGGGAAGGCGGCUCAGUCCCUCCGGGCUGAGCCUCCGCCCCGCCGUGCCGUGGGAAACGCCUCGUGCUCGUCUUGCCGCCGUGUUGCUCGAAGGGCGCGGCUCGGCCUGCCGGGAGCCGGGCGCGCACGCCUGCCCGCGGGCUCUGGGCAGCGGGGGAAGACGCGGGGCAGCUGCCGGCGCUGCCCGUGCGCCCGGACUCAGGCGGCGGCCGCGCAGGGCUCUGGGCGCUCCUUCCCUGCGCUUCCCUCCCCGGCGCGGUGUGCGCGCGUGCUGCCGCGGGGCCCCCACGCGGGCGAGCGGGUCCCUGUGCCGGGGCGAGCCGGCAGCGCGGGCAGCGGGCGGCGGCGGGCGCAGUCCCGCCGCGGGCCGCAGGGUGGUGCUCCCGGCCAAGGCGGCGCCGAGCGGCUGCGGGCGGGGAGGCGGCCGAGCCCAGCCCGGCCCUGCCCAGCCCGGCCGAGCCGAGGCGAGCCGAGCCAGCCGAGCCGAGCCAGCCGAGCCGACC